CGACCUAUCAACACACCAGCUAUGGCUUCCACGACGCCUCAACUCCCACCCUUUCCACUCAUGAACCCACUACUACACAAAGCCAUACUUGCAGGGGAUGAACACACGGUCUCGUUAUUCGAACAUGAUUUCCUUACUCUAGUAGUGAGCCGCCAAGGGAAUACAGUCGCUCAUAUCGCGGCCAGGUUAGGACACCAUUCCAUCUUUGAACUUCUCUCCAACCGAUGCCCGUCGAUUCUCUACAAGCCAAACCCCAAUGGAGACACUCCUCUUCAUAUCGCCGCAAGGGCUAGCCAAAUAGGCAUCGUCAAGUUCCUUUUGGCGUAUUGCACUUCAAGACAUGUCCAAACAGGGGAUGGGGAUGUGGAUGGGAAUGGAGGAGCUUUGAAACAACAGUACCUUAGAAUGCAAAAUGAGAAGGGAAAUACUGCAUUGCACGAAGCUUUGGAAAAUAAUCAUGAAGAGGUUGCUCGCCUCUUGUUUACAGCACAUUCGGAGCUUUCAUAUUUGGGUAACAACGAAGGGAAGUAUCCUGCAUAUUUGGCUGCAGAAGCUGGUUUUCUGCAACUUUUAAAGGACAUGUUGGAAUUGCUUGGUGACAUUGAAAAUCCUGGGCAAUGGAGUGGAGGAAAGACACCUCUUCACGUUGCCAUUAUCAAGGGGCAUCCAGAGACCUUAGAAUUGGUAUUAAAGGUCAAGCCACAGCUAAGCCGAUUAACAGAUAAAAAUGGAAGAAAUCCUCUUCACUAUGCUGCCUCCAUAGGCUAUUAUGAUGGGUUGAUUGCGUUACUCAAUAUAGAUACUCUGCCCGCCUAUGAAGCAGACCACACUGGCCUCUACCCAAUUCACAUGGCAGCCUCUACUGGCCAUAUUAAAGUAAUACAACUUCUCUUGGAACAUUGUCCCGGCUCUUGGGAGUUGCUCAACCAAAAAAGUCAGAAUAUUCUUCAUAUAGCUGCUCAAAGUGGCAAGAAAAAUGUGGUGACAUAUAUUUUGAACACACCAGUGCUUGAGAAGCUAAUAAACGAGAGGGAUGACAAUGGAAACACACCUUUGCAUCUGGCCACCAAAGGCUGGCGCUCUAAAGUUGUUGGUGUUUUGAGUAGGGAUCAAAGAGUGAAAGUGAACAUCUUGAACAACAUAAACUAUACAGCUCUAGAUAUUGCAGAGACGAAAGACAUUGGAACAGUAGCAUCAUUUCGAAAGCUCCUAACAUUGACAGCAUUGAGGAUUGCAAAUGCACCAAGAGCACGAGAUGUAUACGAUGAUGAAGUCCGAUUAAAUUCAGGUGUCCGACAACCUACAGUGGAAUUUUACAAGGACAAAGUUAAUACUCUUUUGUUGGUGUCUACACUAGUUGCCACUGUAACCUUCACUGCAGGUUUUACAAUUCCUGGAGGCUUAAAUAGUGAUGACCCUGACCAAGGCAUGGCAACAAUGUUAUCCAAUAACAAGUUUAAAGCUUUUGUGAUCUGUGAUACCAUAUCUAUGUAUUGUUCAAUUCUUUCUGUUUUAUCCCUCGUAUGGGCACAAAUAGGAGAUGUUCCUCUGAUGCGUUCUAUUAUUGAUUUUACAUUGCCAUUGUUGGGAAUUUCGCUUUCCAUGAUGGCUGUUGCAUUCACUGUAGGUCUAUACAUAGUUACCAGUAGACUUCAUUGGCUUGCAAAUGUUGUUUUGGUCAUGAGCAUAUUAUUCCUCAUAUGUAUCCUAGCCUUGUCAUUGCCACUCCGGAUGCCAAUUUGGUCACAAAAUCGCUUCUUUCAGAGGAUCUCUUAUUAUUUUCUAUAUCUGCUAGUAUCUGCAGCUGGGGGUGAUAGUGAUAGUGUUGAUGAUAUAACUACACGAGAAGUCGCCAAUUUGUUUACUAGAAGCAGAAUACCUGGAAUUAAUGAUUGAUGUCGUAUCAACUUGUUAUUGUAAUUGAUAAUCAAUACUAAAUUUUCACUUUGGAACAGAUCUAGGGGAUACUGUCUCUUUUGAGGUUAAGAAUAAGUUCUCCUUAUUUUUUUUC